UUUGAAUUUUACAGUGAAGGGUUACUCAAGAGGAAGAGCUGUAUUGCUUCCUGUUUUGUGGUUAGGAUUCACGAUGCGGUUGUGUGUUGCGUGUGACUCAAGCGAUACCUACCCACCUUAUGACGAGUGAGGAAUGUCAAUUCUAAUUUUGGGCAAAACAAUGAUAAGAACUUCAAUUAUUUUGAGGUUUUCGUCUUUCGUAGGUGAUAUCAAGCAGUGUUUGUAGUUGCAGGAUGGAUGUGAACCAACGCGCCUUUUCCUCCUCAAAUUUGACCAUGCAUUCUCAAGGGAUACUUAGCCCCCCAUGGGCCUGCCCUCCCCCAAUACGGGCUCAUUCAACCAUGAACCUCUCUGGGCCCCAAUCUUCCAACCGCAACCGGGCCCUGUCGUGGUCCCCGGUGAGAUUCGAUUCCCCGGUGAAAACAUCUUGCCUACCCUGGGUGCGCAAAGAUACAAUCGAGGCUCCACUUAAAAAGAAAACCUCCAUUGACGGGUCAGUGCUUAAAGCCAAAUUGGUAUGGGAGGAAAAAAAUGCCACUACAUCAAAGGAGGUCUUGAAUACCGAAAAAGAACUCCCUAAGAAAGCCAGCGGGUCUUUUCGUUUUCGAAAAGCUCCCUCUAUCGUCCCUAAUUUGCAGAGGAGCUCGACCGGUGGAAAUAUCUUCCCUACACUUGAUCCCGUCGGUUCGGGAAGUCCAAAGUUGCGCGAGAAAAAGAAUCCUCCUUCAAGUAUUGCGCUGGAUGACGUGUCGCGUAGACGACUUGGAUUCGUUCAAGUCGAAUCCGAUCAUACGGAAAAUUUAUCCGAUGCCGAGGCUGACACUGUCAAAGAUGCCCAGGAAAUCGUCAACGAU